AUGUCCAUCCGGACAGUUGGCGUGGUUGGCACCGGGGUAAUCGGGUCCUCAUGGAUAGGCCUGUUUCUAGCCCACGGCCUCCAAGUCAUUGUUUCCGAUCCUGCAUCAGGCGCCGAGCAAAAGCUCGCAGACUACCUCCACGCCAUCUGGCCGACCAUGGAAAAGUCGGGCCUGGGUCCGAAUGCAGCAUUGACCAAUUACCGCUUCGUGGGCGCACAAUUCAAGCAUCAUUUUGCCAAUGUCGACUUUGUCCAAGAGAAUGCGCCAGAACGCAUCGAGUUGAAAACCGAUAUCCUUGGCGAGAUAGACGCCGCGACUCGCCCAGACGUUGUUAUUGCGUCGUCUUCAUCCGGCAUACCUAGUUCCCGGUUUAUAUCGAAAUGCGCCGUCAACGCAGGGCGCGUGCUCAUAGGGCAUCCCUUCAACCCUCCUCAUUUAAUGCCGCUCGUCGAGGUAGUCCCCCACGCUGAGACGGCGGCAGCGAGCACGGAAACAGCCAUGAAUUUCUACAAGUCGCUGGGUCGAAAGCCCGUGCUUAUUCGCCAGGAGAUACCUGGCUUCGCAGCCAAUCGUCUCCAGGCAGCGGUCUGCAAUGAGGCAUAUAGCCUCGUGAGCCGUGGUGUUUUAUCGGCACAGGAUCUAGGCGAGUCGACUUGUGCUUGGACAACUUACCUGUGUAUAUGUUUGCUAACUCGUGAAUUAGAUACGUGUGUUACCAGUAGUCUUGGGCCGCGUUGGGCUGUUACCGGCCCGUUGCUGUCAAACGCCAUGGGGGGCGGAGGCGGUACUGACGGCUUCAAGCAUUUCCUGGAGCAUUUGGGGCCUGCCACCAGGAGUUGGAUGGACGAUAUGCAAGCUCAUGCGUUUCAGUGGACUCCCGAGGGUCUCGCGACGCUGCGGGAGAGUGUUGCUAAAGAAUUGCAGGGCAAGGAUACCAAGGAGCUGGAACGAAAAAGGGACCAGUGUCUUGUGGAAGUCCUCCGGGUAAAGGGUGACAUGUAG